AUGGGCCACGGUCACUCGUUCCGCAGGAAUCCACGCAAGCCAUUCAUUGAAUUCCCCUUUGGACUGCGAUGCAAGUUCAACCACAUAGUAAUCAGAGUGAAUUCACGAAGAGUAAGGAAUGUGGUCAUGCGUAUCUGCAGCCGGCUAUGCUCGGCUUUGGUGCACUUUCACAAUCCAACACUUUGGCCAAAUGAGUUAAGAGCUGCUGUAGCCACCAGUUGUCGUGUCACUCCUUCGUUUAUAACCGAAGCAGAAGAAAAUGAACUGUUACGCGAGGUCGAACCGCAUAUGAAACGAUUGCGCUACGAGAAGAAUCACUGGGAUGAUGCGAUACAUUUGUACCGAGAACGUGAACAACGUAAAUGGUCGCCGGCAAAUGAAAUUGUCAUCCAACGAAUACGUGAUGCCUCAUUUCCACUAGACGCCCAGCAUUUGACCUAUGUUCACAUUCUUGACCUCCACAAAGAUGGUGUAAUCAAGCCUCACAUUGAUAGUAUUAGGUAUUGCGGUGAUGUGAUCACCGGUGUAUGUCUUUUAUCUGACGCCGUGAUGCGAUUGCGACAUAAAGACAGGAAAAAUGAGCUUAUUGUUGAUUUAAUGCUCCCUCGUCGGUGCUUGUAUCGUAUGGGAGAGGAAGGUCGUUAUGAGUUCACACAUGAAGUAUUGUCUAACGAGGAAUCCAUGUUCAAUGGGCAGAGAGUUGAGAAGACUAGACGGAUAUCGAUUAUUUGCCGAGAUCUGCCUCAUCCUGAGCACCAGGCAGAAGCAGCUGCAAUUAAGAUGAAACCAAUCCCGGAAGCAGCCUAA